CCUUUUUGCUGAAACAUGUCUUCUCCAACCUCAGUUUUCGAUGGCAUGGAAGCAGCUCCUCCUGACGCUGUAUUCAACGUACUGGCUAAAUAUAACGAGGACACCUUCCCCAAAAAAGUCAACCUAUCAGUUGGCGCUUACAGGGAUGAAGAGGGCCAGCCCUGGGUACUGCCCGUUGUAAAGACAAUAGAGACACAGAUGACCUCUGAUGUGAUGCUCAAUCAUGAGUACCUCCCCAUUGAUGGACUCAAGUCAUUCACUGAAUCUGCAACAAGACUUGUACUGGGAUCAGAUGGACCAGCUGUAACGCAAAACAGAUACUGUUCUAUUCAGUGUUUAUCUGGUACUGGUAGCAUCCUUGCAGCAUUGGAGCUCAUCAGGAAAUUCCUUGAAAUUGACACAAUUUAUUUAUCUAAUCCAACUUGGUCUAAUCAUCGUGGUAUUGCUAGCAACACUGGCUUUACUCAAAUUAGAGAAUAUCGUUACUUUGAUACAACCACCAGAGGACUUGAUAUUGAGGGCAUGAUUGAAGACUUGAAGUCUGCUACUGAGGGAUCAGCUGUGAUACUACACACUUGUGCCCAUAAUCCUACAGGAGUUGAUCCUUCAAAGGAAGAAUGGAAGAGGAUCUUUGAAGCACUCAAGGAGAGGAGCCUAUUUCCUGUAAUGGAUACAGCAUACAUUGGAUUUGCUUCUGGUGACAUUGACGCUGACUCAUGGCCACUGAGAGAGAUGGAUAGACAAGGAAUGGAGUUCUGUAUUACUCAGUCUUUCUCUAAAAACUUUGGACUCUACAAUGAGAGAGUGGGUCAAUUGUGCUGUGUCCUGACAAGUCCAGAAAUGGCAGGAGUCAUGUUGACACAGCUCAAAGUGAUAGCAAGGAGGCUUUGGUCUAACCCANCANACCAUGGAGCAAGGAUUGUAGCUACUGCUUUAAACAACUCAACACUGUACCAGGAAUGGUGA